AUGGCUAACGUGGAAUAUACCCCGGUGGAACUCGACACACAACCAUCUGCAGAACACGCAGUACCUGACCAGCCGAUGAUCGACACUGCGGAAAAUGGUGAAAAGGAAGGAAAAACAAAGAAAGGGGUUGAAAAGUGGCGAAGAAUCCUCUAUAUCGGAUCGAUUGCGAGUAUAGUCGUGCUGUUGUUUAAUCUGUCAUUUGUCUUGUGGGCAGUCACGCACCGGACCCUUGAAGACGGCCGUGGGAUACUCUUUACCGGUGAAUGCGACAAGGCACGGAACAUAAAUAGAGGCCUGCAUUUCCUCAUCAACAUACUGUCAACUGUUCUUCUCAGCGCCAGUAAUUAUGGAAUGCAAUGUUUAUCCGCCCCCACACGAAAGGAUAUCGAUCGGGCACAUCGAAAAUAUAAGUGGCUGGAUAUUGGGGCCCCGAGCAUGCGAAACCUAUUCAAUAUCCCGCGGAGGAAGCUGCUAGUAUGGAUAUGUCUGGUUCUAUCUUCCCUUCCAUUGCACCUCAUUUACAACUCGACCAUUUUUCUGACCAUGUCUUCCUACGGAUACUUUGUAUAUGCCAGUGACAAGCCUUUUACCAGCUUAGCCACGGGGAGUCCUAGGCUUCCCAACACAACUCACUUUGAGGAGUGGUUUUCUACCUACUACAGGCUGCAGGAUAAGGCAGCAAAAGGACAACUCGACCAGCUGAGCAAUAAGGAUUGCAUCUCGGCCUACGCCACAGCUUUUCAAUCAAAACAUGGCAGUCUGUUGAUACAGACCGAUGACUUCAACUCGACCGCGGUGGACGUUCGCUUGUUAGCUUCAAAUGACGACCUGCAGUAUACACCUGGAUAUGACCCAUAUGCAUGGAUCUGCACUUUGUACCAGACAAGCGAAUACCAGACACAUUUAUGCUCAUCUUUGCUCCCUGAAAUUUCAUCCGAUCUCAACUCGUGGAGCGUUACUUACACCAGGGGUGGCGACGAUCUAGACAAUAAGUACACCGUCAACAGCUGUUGGAGUGAGCGAUUACCCGACCUCUGCAAGGUCGACUAUAGUCUUGUUUGGACGGUGAUCGUGAUUGUUUGCAACGUGGUCAAGGCCGGGAUUUUAUGUGGCAUUUCCGUUUGCAUAAAGGAUAUGCCCAUCCUGACAACAGGUGAUGCUGUCGUUUCGCUUCUUCGAGACCCAGACUUGGCGACAAAACGGGACUGUCUGUUAUCGAGAGAGUCGAUAGAUGGAAAGAUUACAGGCCAAUUGAAAUUCACCAAAAGGCCAAGACGAUGGGCAUCUGCGGCAUCAAAGCCCCGAUGGUGGGCAUGCAUGGCUAUGAUUUUAUUUUCGAUUGGCGUGUGUAUCGGCCUUCUCUUGCAAGGUGUCCUGGGGCGAAGCGCUAUGAAGACAGUCUGGAAAAGCGGGAUUGGGACGGUCAAUAGCCAGACUAUCAUCAAGUCGGAUUGGUUUCCCACUACAUUGUUGCCAGUUACGCUCAUCGUCAACACGCCUCAAACGAUCUUUUCGCUGAUUUAUUUCACCAUCAACGCCAUGUUCAGUAUCAUGGUUCUUUCUGCGGAGUGGAACGACUAUGCCCUGCAUAGAAAAGGCCUCCGCGUAUCAACUGCUCCCAAAGGCAGCCAACGGGAUACCUACUUUCUCUCGCUGCCGUACCGCUAUGCACUUCCUCUGCUAGUUCUGUCAACACUCCUCCACUGGCUUAUUUCGCAAAGUCUAUUCCUGGUUAACGUCGAAAUGUACGAUGCCACACUUACCCGAGAUCCACAAUUCGAUAUUAUUUCCUGUGGAUAUUCACCACCUGCUAUUGUGAUCUGCCUCUCCGUCAGUGGUGUAUUGAUAGCAUAUCUAGUGGGUAUGGGUUGUCGACGAUUCAAGUCCGGAAUGCCCAUUGCAGGGAGCUGCAGUGCUGCUAUUUCUGCAACGUGUCAUUUUGACGUCAAAGAAAUGAUGGAAAGUGCCCCGAGGAAUGAUUCUGAUAGUCAGGUGUUACUACAUAAGAGCCAGCCAGUGGAAACUCUUCCUCUCCAAUGGGGGGGUUGUCCCCUUUUAUGGCGGAGAGGUCGGUCACUGCGCAUUCUCGAGUGUCGAGGUCGAGACCCCCAAGGACGGCCAUAUCUAUGA